AUGAAUACUGGUAUCAUCGCGACGCUGCAGGAUCCUGAAACACGCAAAAUAUGGUUGGCUAAUAAUAUGGACAACAUACGCUUCUGGGGUCUGUUUUGCCUUGUGGGAUUGGUGUUAUUCUACAUCUCUUCUGAUUGGGAUUUCUCUAUGUUGCUCACGACCAGCUCAAUGAUCAGCAUGUUUUCAUUUCUGAUGGUUGUGGUUAAAAUAGAGACGUCCAAGUCGGUGAGCGGAGUGUCGUUGAAGAUGUUCGAGUGCUAUACAUUAGUCAGCGCAUGCAGGCUAGUGUCCAUCGUCCCAUUCGAAGGAUACCUACCCUACGAUCGAUCCGGAGAUUGGCUCUACCAGCUCACAGAGGCUAUCAGUCUGUGUCUAGCCGGGACUGUGGUUUACUUUUGCCGUGUACGUUACCGAGCUACUUACGAAGCAGGAGCCGACACCUUUAAGCACAUUUAUCUGCUAGUCAUAGCACUGGUUCUGGCAGGGAUAUUCCAUCCUAGCCUCAAUGCUUUCAUGCCUGCUGAUAUCGCAUGGACCUUCGCACUUUACCUUGAGUCAGUUACGGUAUUACCACAACUAUUCAUGUUUCAGAAGCAAGGAAAAGUGGAGGCGUUCACGAGUCACUUCUUAGCUGGACAAGCUCUCAGCAGAGUAUGCUCCUUCAUUUUCUGGUGGUCCUCAUAUAAGGAGCUCAAUGACCCUAGGCAUCCCACCAAGGCUUAUGUUGGGUACUGGGUUAUGCUCAUGCAGUUAUUGCAGUUGAUCGUUAUGGGUGAUUUCAUUUACCAUUAUAUCAACUGUCUUCGCAAGGGUGUUCCGGUAAGCUUUAUUUUGAGUGACGCUGUAUGAGGGCUUGGCGCUAGUCUUGUCUUUGGUGAAGUAUUGCGAUACCCAGUGUGUGGUUUUCGGGUAUAACAAUAGUAGUA